GCAUGGCUCUGGAAAUGUUGGCCCAGUGUGCAUGACGAGGGCCGCGUCUGCUGCGUUCAGAUGCUCAGCGACUGUUGAUGAGUGUCGCAGUGACCCCCGCGGCUCCGUUCCUCAGCACCUGGAGGUGACAUGAGACUUAUUCCUGUGGAGGACCUUCUGUGCCCGCUCUCCCUGACCGCCUCGCCCUCGCACCCUCGCUGUGGACUGCCUCUCAGCGCGGACACCCCUCUCGCUUGGCCCCGGUCCGAACCGGGUCAACGGUCGCUCUCCUCUGCUUCUCUCGCACCUCCCCUCGCCCCGCGGAACCUGGACAGGGCGUCACCAUGGCAACAGCCGCCUGGUACCACCGCGACAUCAGCCGGGUCCGGGCCGAGGACCUGCUUGCCCGGGCGGGGAGGGACGGCAGCUUCCUGGUGAGGGACAGCGAGUCGGUGCCUGGAGCCUACGCCCUCUGCCUGCUGUUCCAGCGCCAUGUUCAUACAUAUCGCAUUCUUCCGGAUGCCGAGGGCCUGCUUGCUGUCCAGACGUCCCAGGGGGUACAGGCCAACUGUUUCCGAACGCUGGGGGACCUGGUGUCGGGGUACCAACAGCCCCACAAGGGCCUGGUUGCGCCCCUGCUGUAUCCCGUGGGGCGUGAGGCGGAGCUCGGGGACGAGAGCUCAGAUGGUGAUGAUGAGAAGCCUGGUGUGGCGUGGAACCCGGGGACAGCCUCGUCCCCGGCCAGUGCCGUGCCUCCCCAGGGACCUGCAGCACCCCCAGGGCCGCACGUCCUCUUCCUCCAGAGGCUACAGGAAAUCUCCACCCCCAGCAUGGCCAGUGAGGUGGUGGGGCUCCUGAGUGAAUAUUUGCGCAACGAGCUCCCCCAGGACCUGGAGGGGCUGCGCAGAGGGGGGACCGGACUGCGCAACCUGCAGCGUACGCUGGGCGUGGCCUGUGAGGGUCUGCGCAGUGAGAUAGACCUGACCCUGUCCAGCCUGGAGACUCUGGCCAAAGUUUUUGACCAUCCUGCCUGCCCACUGACCUACCCCAGGACACAGAAUUCUGGGAAGGGACAGGACAUGGACAUAGAGAGCCUGGUGUCUAAGAUCUCAGCCUUGUGCAGCCUGCUGUCUUCCCUGGAGAAGAGGGUCCUGAAGGCACUACAGGAUGCUGUGACCAAUCACAAUCUGGCUGUGCAACCUGCUCCGCCCCCUGAGCCCUCCCCUGCACCAAAGAGUAACGUCAGGCCCAUACCUGUGCAUACCUUUCAGGUGAAGGUUGUCCGUUAUGGCCGACAGACAGUGUCGGUCGAUGUCGACAAUGGAGUUCUGCUGUUUGAUAGGAAGUCAGGAACAUUUGGCGUGGAGACUCUGUCACAUGACAGGAUUCUGCAGCUGGUGAAGUUUCAGAGCAGCCCAACAAAACUGCGCAUGGUGGCAGACAGCCACAGAAACGCCCCAAGAGAGCUGCUGUUUGAGAGUGCACGGAAGCAGGAAGCUUUCUGCCAGCUGCUGCAGCUGAUGAGGGCCAGGCACUCCCAGCAGAGCGAACCCGACUUCAUCUCUGUCUUCGUGGGCACCUGGAACAUGGGCGGCUCUCCGCCUCCUCGCAGCCUGCAGUCCUGGGUGACGUGCCAGGGACUCGGCCGUGUCCCGGACGAGUCGACGGCGACGCUUCCGCACGACGUGUAUGCCAUCGGCACCCAGGACAACACCCAGGGCGAGAGGGAGUGGGCGGAGCAAGUGAAAGCCACUCUUCGGAGCGUCACCCACGUCGACUUCAAACUGGUGGCGAUACAAUCACUGUGGAACAUCAGGCUGGCUGUGUUUGUGAGGCCGGAGCACGAGAGCCGUAUCAGUCACGUCAACACCGCCAGUGUAAAGACCGGCCUGGCUAACACUUUGGGAAACAAGGGGGCUGUGGGGGUCUCCUUCCUCUUCAACGGUACCUCUUUCGGCUUUGUAAACUGUCACCUGACCUCUGGCAGUGAGAAAGCCCUCAGGAGGAAUCAGAACUUCCAGGACAUCCUCCGUCUAUUGUCUCUGGGUGACAGGCAGCUGAGUGCCUUCGACAUCAGCCUGCGCUUCACUCACCUCUUCUGGUGUGGGGACCUCAACUACCGGCUGGACCUGGAUGUGCAGGACAUUCUCAGACAUGUGUCCAAGAGGGAGUUCAAUGAACUGAUGUGCGCUGACCAGCUGACCCGCGAACGUCACAAGAGGAAGGCCUUCCUGAACUUCAAUGAAGAGCAGAUCGUGUUUCCUCCCACCUACCGGUACGAGCGCGGCUCCAGGGACUGUUAUCUGUGGCAGAAGUACAAGACCACAGGGGUACGAGUCAAUGUGCCGUCAUGGUGUGACCGUGUGCUGUGGAAGUCAUACCCAGAGACCCACAUCAGCUGCACCUCUUAUGGUUGCACUGAUGACAUCACCACCAGUGACCACUCCCCUGUCUUCGCCACAUUUCAAGUUGGGGUGACGGCACAGUUCAUUUCAAAAGCAGACCUGAGUGCAUGUGUGGAAAAGGCGUGGAUUGAGUUGGAAGGCAUCGAGGCCAUCGUGAAGACAUCCAGCAAAGCCAAGUUCUUCAUUGAGUUUCACUCCUACUGCUUUGAAGAAUUCCGACGCUCUAGUGAGAAUGACUCACAGAGUUGUGAAGUCCCAGGGUUUCUCAAACUGGGUUGGUCCUUCAAACAGAUGCCAAAGCUUGUCCCUGUUGUCUCAGACAUGGAAUAUCUCCAGGACCAACACCUGCUGCUGUCCGUCAAGUCGUGCGAUGGGUUUGAGUCAUACGGUGAGUGCUGCGUGGCCCUUCGGUCUCUCAUCGGCAGCACGGCGGAGCAGUUCGAGACAUUCCUGACGCACCGCGGCGAGGAGAUGGGCUCCAUCCGGGGCCGCGUCCGGGUGCACGUGCCCAAGGAUCGCCGUCGCACCCGCGAGAAGUCCUACGAGUGGAUUUGCUUCGAAAGGGAAGAAAAGGGCUCAGUAAAAGGUCACUUGUCGCCCCCAACGACACGAGCGCCCAUUGCACGAGUUCCAGUGACUCCGCCUACCUCAGCUCCCAGCAGCUACACCAACCCCGCCUACUUCAUUUUUGAGGGUGUGCCUGUGCUGCGCAGGGUGGAGGAAGACCCGCCUCCCCGCCGGGAACACCAGGUGAUCUGGGCCAAGGACGCGGUGGUACAGCUCCCUAGGGUGUCAGGAGGGCGUGGUCAGGACGGGAAGGGGUCCCGCAGGUCAGACUUCACUGAGAUCGAAAUCCCGGGCUGUCUGCCCCAGUUCCACCCCUCCAAUGACCGGCAACCCCAGGCCCAACACCAGCCCCAACCCGGCUCCUCUUACCAGCUCUUCCCAGCUCAGGACAAACCCCCCGUAGCCCACACACCGAGGGGAUCCCCAAACAACAGCCUUCAUUGCAAGGAACAGUCGCUCUAUAAGGACAGCCUGUCCCAGGACACUGCUUUCCACCACAGGGACCACAGAAACACAUACAUGAAUCACUCUGCCGUGGUCAGGGAGGCACCAAGGCCGUACAGCGAACUGCACAGGAAGGAAUAUCCCAGAAUGCAUCAGGAACGGCCCCUAAUGGUACGCAAGAGCCCCUCCCUCUACCCCUACGUGUCCACCAGAGUGACACGCUGUGAGGCUAUGACCCCCUGGGUGACGGACACCCAUCAGGGCCCCUCAGGGGACCACUCUCUCACCGCCCUGCAGAUCGCCAAGUCACUCAGCGAGGUGGACUUCCUGCCUGUAGACCGAAAGUACCCCGGCCCCCAGAAGAUUGCCCAACAGAGGGACCUCGGCUAUGAGCUGGCCAUUGCAACAGAGAGGGCUUACUGCUGGGAAAAAGAGGUGUCAGUACUGCAUGGAGCCCCAGAGACAGUCCAGGAGCUGCUGAGUACUCUGGGACUGCAGCGCUACACCCUGGGACUCAGUCUGAACGGCUGGGACGACCUAGAUUACUUCAGUGGGAUCACUGAGGAAGACCUCCGGGCAGCUGGGGUGACCAACCCAUCUCACCGCAAAAGGAUCUUGGAGAACCUGCCCAAGAUCUGGGACUGACCGGACUCCGAAGGCGAGCCGGGACAGCUGCGGAGGGGAGGGAAGUGAUGGAACUCAUGCAGCUUCCCUCCCCCUGCAGUUUUAGCACUUGUUUGAGUUUUGGACCAAACCGGCAGAGUCUAGGACCGGACAAACCCAUGCCUACCCAUCCCAAGGGACUGGAACUACGGCAGUGAAACGUAUCUGUUGAAAGUGGGGCCGAUGGCACACAUUUCCUGAAUACCCACUGAAAACGCUUGCCUCACUCAGCCCCCCCGUUGGGGUUUACAUUUCUUUAUUUUUUCUCCCCUUUUUGUA